CUUUUAUUCUGUAUCAUUCUCAUGAUAUAUUGUUUGAUAGAUCAUCAACAUUAUGGCAAUGAAAAAUACUAGUUCUGCAACUAUGAUUGUCCCUCAACUUCUAGAAAGUGGCAAUUAUAAGAGUUGGAGCAUUUUCAUGGAAGACUAUUUGAUUUCUCAAGAGCUUUGGGAUGGAAUCAUUGUUCCAUUCGGCGCCGAUCAACAGUUGUUUAGCGAAUCUGAGCGAAGAAAAAGAAAUGCUGCUGCUCUGAAUGCCAUUAAGAUUUCAUGCGGACCAGAAAGCUUUGUUCGUAUAAAGUAUACCCGUUCAGCAAAAGAUGCUUUGGAUAUGUUAGCCAAAAUGCAUAAAACAGAACCUGAAACUGAUGAAAGCACUCCAAAGGCAAGAUUAGCAUUUUCUUUUUCCUUUUGUACUCCCCCCUUCUUUGGGGAUAUUAAUUCUGCAAGUAUGAUUGUCCCUGUCCCUGAACUUCUAGCAAGUGACAAUUAUAAGAGAUGGAGCAUCUGUAUGAAAAGCUAUUUAGUUUCUCAAGAUCUUUGGGAUGCUGUUGUACACAGUUGUGCGCCAGCUGGAGUUGAUACAAAGGAGUGGAUUAAAAAAGAUGCUGCUGCUCUGCAUGCAAUUCAGAUUUCAUGUGGACCAAAAAAAUUUGAUGUAAUUGAGGAGAUCAGUUCCGCCAAAACUGCUUGGAAUACCUUGAAGCAAAAACAUAUAGAAAAGCAUCCCGAAGAUGGUCCUCCCCCUGCUUUGAUUGAUUUCCUGGAAGAGAAAGGUUUUCGAACUAUGGAAAGGCCUCAGUCCCUAAUUGUGCAGGAUGCAAUUGACAAAGGGAAUGUUAAUGCUGUAAUGGGCUUUUUUAAGAGCAAUCCAGGGGUAGAAAAAUUAGCAUUAUGGACGGGUUUGCCUCCUCUUCAUCAUGCAACCAUUGUUGGCAAGUCAAACAUCGUCAAGGCAUUGUUUGAGAAUAUGCCUGCAGUGCAAAAGGAUCUAUGGGAUAAUACAGCUCUAACACAUGCUGCUCAGGUCGACCAUGGAGAUUUGGCUUCAUUCCUUCUUCCAUUCUUAGGCAUAAAGCAAAUAUAUGCUUUAAAGUUGAGCCAUGGUUUCGCCCGUGCAAGUCUAUGUUUGAUUUAUCAGCACCUGACAAAAUUACACUUGAGGAAAUUUGAGGACACGAUUGCAUUAAGGAAAGCACUCACCAGGGUGAUCGAGAAUGACAUUUAUGAUUUUUUAACUGAAAUGGUCGAAACUAAUGCAGACUUACUUUUUGCACCGGUUCCAAAUGAUGAGACUACAAGUGACAACCUUCUCAUGGAUGCUACUGCAUUUCGUCGGGAGAAAAUUGCUCGCCUUCUUAUUGGACUCCCCCAUUGCAAGGUAUUUAUCAAUGCCGUGGAUUCACAGCAGAACACUAUAUUACAUAUGGCAGGCAAAUUGGCUUCUGAUUCUCAACUUUCUCGCAUUUCUGGUGCUGCUCUACAAAUGCAAAGAGAGAUACAAUGGUUCAAGGAGGUUGAAAGCCUUCUUAGCCAGCGUUAUAAAGAUUCCAAAAACAAAAAUGGUGAAACUGCUUACCAAGUUUUAGCUAGAGAGCACAAAGCUUUGCUUAAGGAAGCAGAGGAUUGGAUGAAAGGAUUAGCAAAUUCAUAUAUAAUUGUUGGCGCUCUCAUCAUCACCAUAAUGUUCGCAGCAGCUUUUACCCUUCCUGGGGCUGCCUCAGUAAUAAUAUUUUUGGGAUUUCUCACAUCACGUUACAACAUGAAAGAUUUCCACACACCUGUUCCCAAGAAGUUGAUGGCUGGGCUUUCUACUUUGUUUGUCUCUCUUGCAGCAAUGAUGAUAGCAUUUUGCUCAGCUAUUUUUCUCAUGCUAGAAAACCGAUGGUGGAUUAUCAUUCCAUCCGUGUUACUUGCAGGCAUUCCAGUCGGCUUGUUUGCGUGGUUGCAAUUUCCUCUGCUUGUUGAGAUUUAUGUUUUAACUUACAGAUCAGCAAUUUUCAGUGAGAAAAGAUCCUUGGCAAGCAAAAUAAAAGCAUUCUUCUCUGGGAAAAAGAAGAUUGAGUAGGUCUAGAUGAGUUUUUGUUUUAUGUUUGUCUUUAUUGGUACCGUAGCAACUCUAAGGUCCAUGCUUGGUUGUAAGUGAACAUUAAUUUUAUUGCCACUUUGUUUUUGUUAUGCCAUAGAAUUCUUCUGGUGCCUGCAUAAUUUUCAGAGU